GAAGCAAAAUGAAAGUAAGCCCAAUAAUUUUGUUUCUUACCCAGAUUUGUUCCAUAUCCACCAGAUAUGAGCCAACUUGGGAAUCUCUAGAUACAAGGCCACUGCCUAAGUGGUAUGACGAGUCGAAGAUAGGAAUAUUUCUCCACUGGGGAGUAUUUUCUGUCCCUGCUGUCAAGACUGCCUGGUUUUGGUAUAACUGGAAAACUGACAAAGAUCCAGAAAUUUUGAAAUUUAUGAAGGAUAACUACCCAGAAGAUUUUACAUAUGCAGAUUUUGCUCCAGAAUUCCAUGCCACCUUUUACGACCCCGACAAGUGGGCUGAUCUUUUCGAAGCGUCGGGGGCAAAGUAUGUUGUGUUGGUGACAAAACAUCAUGAGGGAUUCACUCUCUGGCCCUCCCCAGUGUCAUUUAAUUGGAAUGCUUAUGAUGUAGGGCCACACAGAGACCUUGUCGGUGCCCUGGCAGACUCUAUCAGGAACAGAACAGACAUUCACUUUGGAGUUUACCAUUCUCUGUUUGAGUUCUAUAACCCUUUGUAUCUUCAGGAUGUGGCCAACAAGCACAAAACACAAAAUUUUGUUCGGAACAAAGCAUUACCUGAGCUUUAUGAACUAGUGAACAGGUAUAAACCUGAGGUUGUCUGGUCAGAUGGAGACUGGAAUGAAAACAGUACGUACUGGAACUCAACCGAAUUCCUGGCCUGGCUUUUUAAUGACAGCCCUGUGAAGGACACAGUGUUGACCAAUGACCGGUGGGGAAAAGAUGCCAACUGUAAACAUGGAAGCUUCUGGAACUGUCAGGACAAGUUUAAACCAGGAAAAAUCUUUAAGCACAAAUGGGAAAAUUGCAUGACCGUUGAUAAGAAAGCAUGGACACAUCGUAGAAAAAUCCAGAUAGAAGACGUCCUGUCAAUUGAGGAACUCCUGACAGAGAUAGCACAGACUGUCAGUUUUGGUGGAAAUAUCCUGAUCAAUGUUGGACCCACAGCUGAUGGAGUUAUCAUUCCUGUUUUUGAGGAGAGACUACGACAAAUGGGUCAGUGGCUCAAGAUCAAUGGGGAGGCCAUUUAUGAAACUCAUCCAUGGACUGAAGGCACAGAUAAUAUAACAUUUCAUGGAAUUUGGUACACCACAAAGAAGCAAGGAAAUGCCACGGUGGUGUAUGGUAUUGUUACCAACUGGCCUGAGGAUAAUAGACUCCUCUUAGGUGUUCCAGUUCCCAUGACAACCACCAAGGUCACCAUGAUAGGUGUCAAGGAACCAUUAAAAUGGUCAAUAUUUAAAAAUGUUGCUAUGGCUGUAGAGUUCCCAAUAUUACCACCCAAUAAGAUGCCAUGCAAAUGGGCAUGGGUCAUCAAAAUGGAGAAUCUCAAAAAUCAAUAAACUCUUAGUAUUUGGAUUUCUGA